AUGUACGUUAAGGUCGAAAGCAAGACACCGUCAAGGGAAAAGGAGAAUAUGGAGCUGGUUAAUGACCACGACGCAGUGUUGGCUACGCAGCAAGGUGAUAGGAUUACUCUGCCGAAGACACGCGGGGGGAGACCCGCCCAGAAUCCAGAGGCUAAUAUUGUCGAUGGUGGUGACGGUGACGGCGGGGGUGGGAGUGGGAGUGGAAGUGCCGGUGCCGGUAGACCCCGGAUUAUCACGAACGGGGCCCAUGCGGGAGCGAUUAAUAUGGGGAAGCUGUACUCAUUGAACUUUCUGCACAAGCCGCAGCGGGUGAAACAGUUCAACAAGGACCGGAUCCCGGACGACCUGCUGCAGCGGAACACGGACUUGAACAAGCAGAUAGCUUCGGACUUACCCCCGCUCUCGCCCAAAUCGACCAUCACCGUGGGGAGCGAUGCGUUCAACUCGCUGAAUUACGCAAUGAACAACUCGUCGAGCGAGAGCAUCCUUGGGUUCCCUCCCCCUGUAUAUAAGAAGUCUGGAGAGCUGGUCAAGUCGUCGCUGAAGGGCCGGUCGAAGUCGCUACCGUCGACGCCCGCGGCCAAAGAGGUCGACGACAAGGAGGAGCAGAUGAUGCGCAAGCAGCGCAAUAAGGGACAUGUGCUUCUGCGGAGCAAGAGUGUGCAUUUUGACCAGAGAGCUCCCGUGAAGUACUUCCUAAGCGAUGAGCGGCCCAUGAACGUGUAUUCGAAGGACGAGUUCGAGAAGCUGUUGAGGCACAAGUUGAACACGAAGGGACCCGGGACCAGCGUCGACGACCGGCUGGUGGGUGCGCGUCUAUUCGACUACGGGAAUAUGAUCAGGAGGCAGCAACAGAUGGACCCGCCCAAGAGGCCCUCCGUCCCGGGCAGCAACAGCAGCACGAAUCUCAGGAAGAGCAAGCGGUUCCAGAAAGUGAUAGACCAGCAGAAGAAUGUAGCUAGGGAGAAGGGCCCCGGUGCCGAUGCCAAUGCCGAUGCCAGUACCAGCACGAGCACGAGCACCAGUGCCGAGCAGGGACCCGUUGAGACAGACGACAGGACGAGGAAGGUCCGCGAAGCCCUUUUAAAAACGAAGGCUACGCCCCAGAUGGCCGAAGAGUGGAAGCAGGAGCUGAAUGGUAAGAUGCGGAGCAACAAAGUCGUUGGACUGUACAACAAGAACUUCCCAAUUCUAAGCAACAAGAACCCAAAGUCGCUGAAGUUGAACAUCUUCGCAAACCUGUCCCGCAACAGGAACGUGUUCCUGCAAGAGCUGGCUCUCCACGUCCACCAGACAAACGUGGUCCAGCCCACUUUCAACGGCGGCGAAGUGAUCAGCAACACGGCCCGGUACAUCAUCGGGAAGGUAAUGGUGCGGAACAUAUUCUACGACAAGCGAGUCAUCGUCAGGUACACGUGGAACAACUGGGUGGACACGAUGGAGGUCGAGUGUAUCUGGCUGAGCACGGGCGACGGCGUGCUCCCCGGGAACAACAUGGACAUAUUCCACUUCCUCAUCGACGACGCGCAGAGGAUCUACAACGUCGGGAAACUAGAGUUCUGCAUCCACUACACAACAAGAAACGACUACGAAAGGUGCGAGUUUUGGGACAACAACAACGGCGAGAACUACCGCGUCGACGUGGUGAUGACCGGGUUCAACAACCCGUUUGGCCGCUGA